AUGUCCGAGAACCGUUCGUCGAAGUCGUCCAAGUCGUCGAUCAAGCGUCGCGAGCAUCCUACCGAAGACGAUCGCGUGAUCGUCAAACAGGAAAAGGUUGAUGAUUACCCUGAGCCUCCUUCUCCCGGUCCUGUUGGUCUCUCUUCGCCAGUUCUGUCACGCCCCGAAGAUAUGGGCGUCUAA